CUCUCUCUCUCUCUCUCCUCCCCGCUCCCAUCACACUUGCCUCUGCUUUCUUCUCCUCGGCUGUCCACCUUCCGCCCUUUCCUCUCGGCUUCCCCCGACCGCACAUGUCCACUCGGCCCUCCCUUGUUGGGCCAUUGUUUCCGGAUGCCGAGGACCAUUCAUCGUCAUCCGCCUCGUCGUCCUCUGACGAUGAGAACAGCUCCCUGUCCGAUUUUGGAUCGGACAUCCCGAUGAUCGGUGACAGCGACUCCUCAGACGCAGAGGAUGCCAUUGUUGAGGGCAUGCAGCAGGUGCCUUCCGGCAAUGAUCCCGAAGAGACCCCCUCCCCUGACGAGGCCUCCGCCUCCGUUACAGAUGCCGUCCCCGUGGCUGCUCUCGUGGCGGCCCUCCAGUCCAAGCUGCGCCGGAAUACCCGCGACUACCAGUCAUAUGUGCAGCUUGUGGAGGUGCUCGAAACCUCGGCUCAGCUGUCCCACCGUGAAUUGCUCACGCAUACACGAGACAAAUUCUAUCAGCACUUCCCCCUGCCUGCGCGCGUCUGGCGGUCACACUUGCAUGCUCUGGCUGCCGAGUUGCCGAGCCAAUUUGACCCUGACUGCGCGCCUGAGCCGGAGAAGAACAUCAUUCGUACCUUUGAGAAGGCCUUGCUGGAUUGCCCUACGGUUGAUAUUUGGAUGGACUACAUUCGCUUCCUGAACCGGCGCUUUGCCUGCCGAUUGAUGGUUUGUCUUGACGAGGGCACUGAUCCGAGCGUCUACUCGAUCUCCGAUCUGCAGCUGGACGCCCACUUUUCGCCGGAGUCCAUCCGCCGGGUCCUGGCGCGUGCGGUGCAGGUGUGUGGCUGGAGUUAUUCCCAGGCGCCGGAUCUUUGGCUUUUGUACUUCCAAACCGAGCUAGCUUUCGACGACGAGGUCUUCCCGCCCACCAUGGCGCGAGACAGCACCUUCGGGAUCGUUGAGCUGUCAGAGAUCCUUGACCUACCAGAGGGCGCAUUUUGGCCUACCUUCUCGCCCGAGUGCAUUGAUGAGGAGACUGCCAGCAGCAGCCGGGGGAGUGCUUCACUAAGCAAGUCUCGGGCCCAGGAGUCCAAGACGGACCGUUUGCGACGGAUCAUUUCCCGAGCCUUGCGUGCCCCGGUUGAGAACCCCGAACCCGUGAUGGCGGCUCUGGAGGCCUGGCUGGCAGACCUGUCCGAGGAUGAACUCCCGUCGGGACAGCGCGGCAAGCUGCGAGCGCUGUCUGCCGACGCCCGCCGCGAAGCCACUGAGCUGGCCCCGCUCGAAGCCGGCGCCUUUGGACCUACCGCCUCGAUCGAGGGGGCACUGGCUUAUGUCGAUGCGGUUGAGGCCAAGCGCGCCAAGAGCAACCCCUUCCGGGCGCAGGUGGUUUAUGAGCAGGCCAUCGCCGCCUUCCCCUUCUCCCAGGAGCUCUGGAGUCGAUACUGUCGCUUUGCCGACCGGUAUGUGACCGACCCGGUGGCUGCCCUAAAUGUCCACCACCGGGCUGUGCGCUUCUGCGGUUGGAGCGGUGCCUUCUGGGCCGGGUAUCUGGCUGGCUUGGAGCGGUUUGGCAGCUGUACCUCUGCCGCGACAGCGCUUGUUCAGCAAGCCAUGUCCUCCGGGCUUCUGAAUUCGGUGGACGAGGUGGUUCCGGUGUAUCUGGCCCUUGGGGCCCUCCUAUUGCGUUCGGCCCGGGCCGUGCUGACCGGGGACUCGGCCGCCAGCCUGGAUGUCGUGCCCGAGGUGGCCGCACUGCGCGAUGCCCUGCGCGCCGGGAUUGCCCGAGCACAGUCCUUGAACCCCCCAGCCGGAGACCUCUAUUUCCGCCUGGAGCGUUUCUGGGCACGAGCUGAGUACGAGGUAUUGGGGGAUCCUGCCGCCGGGCAGACGGUCUACGAGUCCAUCAUCAAGCUGCAGGGGCGCUCGGCCGAACUUUGGAUCGAAUAUGCCAAGCUGGAGCUGGCAUACAAUCGAGCCCAGCCACAGUGGCGGACGGUUUUCCGUCGAGCGGCUGGUGCCAAUAUUGCCGACAACCCGGCGGCCCUGUUCGCCGAAUGGUUGACUUGCGAGGGGCUACAUGGCGGGCCAGCCGACCAUGCUGACGCCCUUCGACGCGUGGAAGUCCAGCAGAAGAUUCUGGCUGACCGGUAUGCCCAGGCACUCAGCGCUCAGGCCGCCGCGGCCACCGCAGCAAAUGAGGCGCCGGCUGAGCCUCGGCGCCGGGCCGCCGCCGCGCGACGCACUGCCGAGUCGGUUGAAUCCCUUCCGAAGGCAGAUGGACCUGCCUCAAAGGGGGAAAAGGUCGUAUCGAAGGUGGCGGAGCCAGUUCCGAAGGUGGACAAGCCGCCUCCUGCCGAGGGCGCGACCGAGGGGACAAACCUGUCGGAGCCGAAAAAGCGUACUCGCGCGGAGGACACCUCGUCUUCUGUCUUCCUGUCAAAUCUUUCCUUCAAAGCGACGGAGGAGGACAUUCGAGCCUUUUUCGAGACUUUCGCCACUGUGACCUCGGUUCGCAUUGUCAAAAAUCCGCGCGGUAUUUCAAAGGGCUUUGCGUAUGUUGACCUUGGCGAUGAGAUGGAUGUUUCGCGCGCACUUGCACGCGACCGAUCAACACUCAUCGACCGGCCGCUUUUCAUCUCGCCAGUCAAGCCCAAAGAGGCCUCCGCCAAGCAGGCACGCCCGAGCCCUCCCCCCACGGCGGUGGUGGCAACCAACAUCCUCAAGCCACGGUCGGUGAUGGCUCCCCUGCGGCCGGCGCACCUGGCCGCAAGUCGGCCGCGUCCGCGCAUGGCUACGCCCAACAUCGGCAAGACCACAAGUUCACUGUUUGCAUCGAAGUCUAGCAUGCCAAUGGCCCCGACCGCGCCCAGUCCCGCGUCCAACAGCAAGACUGAUGGACCCACAGGGUAGAGCUCCGCCAUAUGUCGGUCUUUUCUUCAACACCCCUCGAUUGUUCGUUGCCACUCCUCCCUCCCCCCUCCCCCCCUUCCGUCCUUCCCACAGCACACGAUGAACAGCAUGCAAGCACCCUUCCUGUUGCGACACAUGCAACUGAUCUGGAUAUAAUAUAUUUCCUAGAUGCCCUUUCAGUGUGGAGGGCUUUCCAACUAUGAUGCCUGCCUUUGUAAAACCUAAUUGGGCAAGCGUGGGAGGGUGCAAAGAGGGAGGGGGGGGGGGGCUGAAGGAAUAGACGGGCCGCACUGUGCUGCCAAGGUCUCUCUCCACCACCAUCCAGUCUUCCUCCGAGGCCAUUCUCCCCGGAGCAGGGGACGAAUUGUGGUGGUUCUUCGCUGUCACACCCACCUGCUCGCUCUUUGGUUUUUCUCCCCAAUUGUCGGCCUUCUCCUUUGGGCGACGAAUUGCCUCCAUGUCGCGUUUCCUUCUUUCCCUGGGCCGCACACACAAGGAGGGAGAAAGGACGAGAGGAGGGAGCACAUGGCGACUCAAGGGGACGGUAUGCGGUUUUCUAUGGUACAGUGCGCAGGGGAGGCAGGAUGGGCCGCAUAUCCAUCGAUCAUCCCAUGCUUUCUUGGAAAUGGUCUCUUGGGGGGGGGAAGGGGGGGGGGGGGAAACAUAUCCCCCGUCUAGCAGUCGAGAGAAGGGCCCUCAAGUUUCAGGAGAGGGAGGGAAAAGAGGGAAGAGAAAUCCCCUUCACAGUUGCCGGAAGGAUGGGCCCAUGGCGGAAGAAAGCGAAGUGGGAAGGGCAGCCAUGCCAUCAGGAGCCCCCGAGACAAGAGCCCCAGUCUUCAACUGGAGGGACUGAUGAAGAAGAGCCCGGGUGGUACGCGUGUGGCGAAGGAGCUCCACCAAAAGAGCACGGCGCCUGAGGAGGGCCUCAUUCUCGGCCUGAAGGGCUUGACGGCGGAGCUUGACACGCUGGCGAACGCGUGCACUGGAGGCGGCGUUGCGAAGGCGCUGCUGGACAAGCUUCUCCUCGGGAGUCAGCUUGGUCGAACCGGCAGGACUUGAGGGAGGCGUGGCCGAAGCGGAGCGGCGCCCAUCGGCUGGUGGCAACCCUGCCGGAGCGGCAGAAUUUGACGAGUUGGAGGACGGAGGGGGCGUCGGCGAACUUCCGAGCAAAUCCGCGCCCUCCAUGCGCGAGACAAAGUCAAUCGGUUCGGCGAUGAUAUUCCCGAGGGCAAGUUGCAGGGAGGAGGAAAAUCGCAAGCCGACGGGGGAAUUUGCCGAGGCGGGAUUCGGAGCAUGGCCAGGGGAAGCCGAUGUCGUCUGGGCCGGAGCACCUGACAAAGCAUCAGUUUGCAUGGCAUCAUGGUUGCCAGCAAGAACGAGAGCAGCGGCGGCGGCGGCGGCGGCGGCAGCAGCGGCAGCCGUGUCAGCCGAGCCGGCAGGCACGAGGGAGGAGGAGGAGGAAGAAGAAGGAGGGGGAGUGCGCAGGGAGACGCCCGGGAUGACGACUGACCGAGCAGUAGAGGAGGGCGGCGAGGGGAAGGCAGAGGAGGGUCCUGAGGAGGGGAAUGUAGAGGAGGGCCCGGAGUUGAGGGGGGAGGAAAAAGUGGGGGCCACAUGCCCGGUACCAUUGGCAGAGGUGGUGGUGGUCGGUGGGAUUAUUGAUGCCGGGGAAGCCAGCGAUGAAGCGGGCUCCUGAAGGGCGAUGCUGGCGAGGGUGAAGAGGGGUGAUAGUUCGGCGGUUGGAGGUGGUACGGCAAGGGCGGCGAUGGAGCUGUGGAAAUCCCGCCGAACGGCUGUCGUGAAGGCCGGUUCGGCAUUGGGGGAUGUGCGACCGGGAAGGAGAUCGCGGAUGCUGAUCGGAUGCACAGGAGCUGGGGGCGAAGCUGCCGAUUGUCCGGAGGAGAGAGGAGCGGGGACAAAACGAAGAGCCGCGUCGGCGGCAAUGGCAGCGGCCGAGAGCGGGAGUGGGCCAGUGCCCGAGGAUGGGACCGGACUGGAGGGAGAGUGAAGCCCUCCCAGAGCGGCGAUUAGCGGCAGAUGAGACAGGGAGGCUACCGAGCCCGAAGUCGAGGAAGGGAGGGCCGCGGGGGUUG